GGUAACACAUCAACGGCCAGCUAGCCUUGUGGCUAGCCGGCGAGCAAAAUCCUCAAGUUCACCGGCACAAACCUUGUCUUAACCGAGGAAACUACGUUGUGUCUUGUGUUUCACUCGGUAAUGUUUUACAGGGAAGUCGCGCGGUUAAUCGAGUCUUAUUUAGGUCACAUUUGUUACCCGGCAUCGGCGUUCAAAACCGUUUUACAAUGAGACGAUACAGACGCCUUGACAACAUGUCGUCGUGCGGGCUGUGGAAUGAGACCCUGGCCAUAGCCGAGGACUACAUUGGCCUGUGUCUCACAGCAGACCCUAGUGAGGCCCCUCUCCCUCCCAGCGAGGCGGCUGCCAGCAUGAGGCGCAUGGGCCGGCACGCCGAGUCACUCUAUGAGGCCACCUUCCAGAACCUGGUGCAGACCUUUGUCCGGGGUUGCUGGCCAGACCUGUGCUCUGGUCUCAGGAGCGUGAUGCAAGAGAUGGUGAACGAUGGAUUCCUGAACUGGGGGAGAGUGGUGUCUGUCUUCGCCUUCACCGGCGUGCUAGCCAGGAGGCUGCUGGAGGACAAUGAGGAGGAGGAGACCACCACCAUCACCAAGUUGAGGCUGGACCUCAACGAUUGGCCCCAAAUCUGCAGGAAGCUGGCAGAGACCAUCGCUGACUUUCUGAUCGAGGAAAAGAAGGAGUGGAUGCUGGAGAACAAUGGCUGGGAGGGUUUCUGCAAGUGGUGCAGCAGCAGACAGUCCAGUCAGGAUGCAUCCAUGAAGACGGCGCUGUUGGCUGCGGCCGGCGUGGGCCUCGCCGGACUCACCUUCCUGCUCGCCCGCUAAACUCAUUGACAUUUCACUCUUUUCCCUGUUGUCACAACAUUUCUUUUUCUGUCAUCUCUUAACAUCAAUGCUGUGCAAUCAGGCAGUCGAAUGUUUCAUCUCUCUCCUCUGUGUCUCUCUCUCUCUCGUUCUGUCUCACACACACUCACACAGGCGUUGAUCUCUUGCUCUACGCGAUUGUACAACUGAUCUGGAUGCCUUCUUGACACACGUUGAAGCCAGUGACUGGAAACACUAUGGUCAGUCAAGACUGCCUUGUCUCUGCGACAACGUGGAAAUUAAUAUAUUUAUAUCAAAUAUAAUAUAUUUGAUAUAAUAUCUUUUUCUAGACUGACUUUGCGUUAUUUUGGCUUGUUUUGGAAUGAGCGUGAUUGUUCGAGUGCAAUUGUUUGUGUCAAGCCCGGUCAGCAGGGCUGGCAUGGCCAUUUCAUGAUGGUGCUAUUUGUUUGUGAAAUGUUAUCUUUUUAUCAAUGUUUUUUUUUUUUAAAUCUUAAUGCCAGGGACCAAUGACAUUUGAGAGGAAGCACCCAACAACCUAUUUUUACAUUGUUUUGGUUGUAUUUAUUUGUCACCUUUUUUGUAAUAAAAAGUCAACCUACAAUUUUUGUACAUUGGUGUUGUCAUGUGAUGUAAAUAAGAACCCAAUUCUGCACUACACGCACCAGCUCCAUGAGUUAUCAUCAUAACAGCAAUGAUAAUAAUAAUCUUGAGGGUGUGUGCCGGAAGGAUGUGUAUUAAUUGAAUGGAUGUUUUACUUAAAAUUGCGCAAACUGCUCGGCUGCCGUGCUUGUAAGAACUUGCAUCUGGCCUUUUGUUCUCGGAAAAUCACCCAACUUCCUGGCUUAUAUGGCUAAACUAAUGGACUUAAAACAAACGGGCAUAGAUUGUUUUCCCCCCAACACAAUUUAGAUCAUCGUACUGCACUUACAAAUUGAACUUGAGAAGCAAUGAUGAUGUGUCAGAAUGAUUUUGUUGAUGUUUGUUCAAACUGCUUCGAACUGUGUGGCAGAUAUGCAAACCACUUGCAAAACAUUCUUCAGGUGUCUGAAUUUCAUUUUAAUCACCCGCUUGAAGAGUCCUCACAGUUAAGACAUGUUGAAAUGUUACUGCAAAAUGAAAGACUUGAAUGUAGGUAGUGGAAAAGAUGCAGUUUAUUUUGAAGCACAUAUUAAACAUGAUGUGGUUUCUACCAAAAAAUGGUCAUAUUCAGUGCAGUUUGCCUUUUUCCACCCAAUGUUUCGUCCUGAUUUGAGCAGUAAUCAUCAUAACCCAAGUUUUGAUCCCAAAGCAAAAAAGCACUUUUGUUGUUGUAUCCAAUUUCUUGCGUUGCAUCCCCAAUUGCUGAUAUGAUUAAGCGUAAACAAGGCAGCCACGAUGGGAGCAGCUUCCACAGACUCCAGAUCAGCAGACGGCCUUCUACGGCAUCGUGUGUCGCGCUUUUUUGACGUUUUAGCGUGCACAGUCAUCAAAAGAA